AUGGCACGCCAGGGCAAUGUAAAAACGGCCUCCUCAGGCUCGGCCGCGGCAAUGGGCUCAUCCUCCACGGAUCCCACGUCCGCACCCUCCCCGCGCGACCGCAUUAUGACGCACAUGAACCGCGACCACCAGCGCGAGCUCUCCCUUUACCUGCGCCACUACGCUGGCCUCAGCCGCUCCGCCGCCUCGUCGCCGUGGCUCAAGGAUUGUACCUUCGAAGGCAUGACCAUCGCGGCUGGCGGGCUCGGCGGCAAGGAGUUCUUCAUCGAAUUCAAGCCGGCCCUCACGGCGUGGGAGGACGUGCGGCCCGCCGUCGUGGAGAUGGCGCGCGCGUCGCAGCAGGCGCUGGGGUACAGCGACAUCACCGUCGGGCACUUUGCGCCGCCGCAGGGCUUUGACGUGGUUGUGUUUGGGGCCGUUGCGUUCUACUUUGUCUGCUGGCUCACGCUUGGGUUUGUGCUGCCCGGCACGCCGAUCUGGUCCUUCCUCCAGACCGCGUUCCCCGGCGGCCCAAGGUUCUAUCGGUGGUUGGUCAAGGCCAUAUUUCUGCCCGUCUUGGGAAUCCACCUGAGCGAGUGCUAUUGGUUUCACCGCACGAGGCUUCACAGGCACGGCAUCGAGUUUGGAACGGGCUUGUGGUGGACGUGGAUCGGAAGUCUGUUCUUUGAGGGACUUCCUGGCUUCUGGAGGUUCGAUGGCAUUGUCGCGGCCAAGAGGCAGGAGAAGGAGAGCAAGAGCCACUGA